AUGGCUGCUUCGGCCCUCCUGAAGAGCCGUGUUCGACGGCCCUCUUAUCUCAACAAGCUUGCCAAAGCUGAGGAUCUGAUCCAUCUCUUCCCUCAUGGCUCGUAUAUCGGCUGGUCCGGCUUCACGGGUGUGGGAUACCCCAAGAUGGUCCCGACAGCUCUGGCAGACCACGUUGAAAAGAACAACCUCCAAGGCCAACUAAAGUAUAAUCUCUUCGUGGGCGCCUCCUCAGGCGCAGAGACGGAGAACCGUUGGGCUCGCCUCAACAUGAUCGAGCGGCGAAGCCCGCAUCAGGUCGGAAAGGAAAUCGCAAAGGGCAUCAACAAUGGCCAGAUUAAAUUCUUCGAUAAGCAUCUGAGCAUGUUUCCCUCGGAUUUGGUCUAUGGCUACUAUACUCUCGACAAGCCAAAGAAUAAAAUCGAUGUGGCCGUGAUUGAGGCCUCCGCCAUCACAGAGGGUGGCGGGAUCAUCCCCGGUGCCUCGGUGGGUGCAUCACCGGAAUUGGUGCAAAUGGCCGACAAGGUGAUUAUCGAGGUGAACACAUCCAGCCCUUCCUUCGAGGGCCUGCACGAUAUCGUCGGCUCGGAUCUACCCCCCGGACGCAAGCCGUACCUUAUUAUGGCCCCGGAGGACCGCAUCGGUACCUCUUACAUCCCCGUCGACCCGGAGAAGGUCGUCGCGAUCGUCGAAUCCAACUACCCAGACCAGACACAGCCCAAUGCACCAGAAGACGAAGGCUCGCAAGCCAUCGCAGCCAAUCUGAUUGAAUUCCUCAAACACGAAGUCCACCACGGCCGCCUCCCACCCAAUCUCCUCCCCAUCCAAUCCGGCAUCGGAAACAUCGCCAACGCCGUCGUCGGCGGUCUCAGCAAGGGCGGCGCAAACUUCAGCAACCUGAAAGUCUGGACCGAAGUCCUACAAGACUCCUUCCUCGACCUAUUCGACAGCGGCAACCUGGACUUCGCCACCGCAACCUCAAUCCGCUUCUCACCAGAGGGUUUCAAGCGAUUCUAUGAUAACUGGGAAAAGUACGCGGGAAAGCUCCUCCUCCGCUCCCAGCAAGUCUCCAACUCCCCUGAAAUCAUCCGUCGUCUGGGUGUCAUCGGCAUGAACACCCCCGUCGAAGUCGACAUCUACGCCCACGCCAACAGUACCUGCGUAAUGGGAUCGCGCAUGCUGAAUGGCCUCGGCGGUUCGGCCGAUUUCCUGCGUAAUUCGAAGUAUAGUAUUAUGCAUACUCCGUCUACUCGACCUAGCAAGGUUGAUCCUACCGGCGUGAGCUGUAUCGUGCCGUUCGCUACGCAUGUUGAUCAGACGGAGCAUGAUCUUGAUGUUAUUGUUACGGAGCAAGGUCUCGCGGAUGUUCGGGGUUUGUCACCACGAGAGCGUGCGAGGGUUAUUAUUAAGAAAUGCUCGCAUCCGGAUUAUUAUCCUAUUCUUACGGAUUAUCUUGAUCGUGCUGAGUUUGAGUGUCUCCGGAAGGGAAUGGGUCAUGAGCCGCAUCUGCUUUUUGAGGCGUUUAAGAUGCAUAAAAAUUUGCAGGAGAAGGGCACUAUGAAGAUUGAUUCUUGGGAGUAA